CCCAUCCCCAAAAUUACCAUUCUACCCCUACCACCCCUUGCAUAUUCUCCCGCCCUCAAAUGCCCAUCUUCGUCAUUUUGACAGUUAAACCGAACCCCACUCACACCCCCAUUCCACCAUUUUCGCUUCUUCAACAAAAUUCUCCAUUUCUCUAACAAUGGCGAUGUUAGAAGCUUGCAUCAACACCAACACCACCACCAGAAAACGAAAACAACGUAUCUUCGAGUUCAAAACUUUCCCCAAAUCAAUCCGCGACCGGUCCGCUCCGUUUCGCGACAACAUUCGAUCAUUUCUCGACGAAUUCUGCGAACAAAUCGAACCACAACUUAACAUAUGGUCUACUCUCCUUUUAUGCGAAUCAAACGGCGUCGUUUUCCCUCUUUACACUAUUGAAGAACACAUCAACGAUCACUCUCUUCGCCCCUUCUGCUGCCACUGCAAAUUCGUUGGAUGGGGACAUCAUUUUGUGUGUAAAAGAAGGUACCGGUUUAUGAUCCCAUCGUACGGUGAUAAACAGCCGAUGAGAGAUUACGAUCAGAACAACAAUUUGGAGCUUGAUGAUUCGUAUGUUUUGCAUGGAUUGAUUCACUGCAAUGGUUUUGGUCAUCUGAUUUCUGUUAAUAAGUUGGAUUUGGGUUCUGCAAAUUCUCUUACUGAAGCUGACGUCAUGAGUUUUUGGGAUGGUAUUUGCACUUCACUCAAAACCAGGAAAGUAUCAGUGGCUGAUGUUAAGUUAGAUAGAUCUAUGGAAUUAAGGUUAAUUCAUGGAGUGGCUUUCAAGAGUUCAUGGUUUGGAAAUUGGGGAUAUAAAUUCGGUAACGGUAGUUUCGGUGUAACAGAGGACAAAUACAGGGGAGCGGUACAGUUUCUAGCCGAAUUAAGCCUCGAUAAGAUCAUUGAUGACUUCAAAAGUAGUCGCCAUCGAAACAGGCUUCAACGAAUGAUUUGUAAGUAUCAGGAGUUUAGUGAAUCGCGACUGCGUUCGUUGAGUGAGCUUAUGCAAUGUGUUCUUGAGUUUAAGGAAACUAGAGAGAUUGAGAGGGCGAUUUUGUCACCGAGAAAAGUAUGUAAGUAUGAACAUUAUGCAAGCGAUGAAGAAAGUCGAAAUUCGAUGUGUUUGGAACAGUUUUUGACUUCUCUGCUGGAUGCAGACGGUAGAUGGCCACCGAAACGAGUGGAGUAUUCGCUUGAAGUGAUCGUGAAGUUACUGAAACAGAAGAACGAUCCGAUUUCGAGAGAUGAGCUCAGGGAAAGGGCCCGACCGUUUGUUGGGGAUACCGGGUUGAUUGAUUUCGUGUUAAAGUCGAUUAAUGUGUUAAGUUUUGAGAAUUAUGUUAUUCGACGGGUGGUCAACUCGUUGACCAGGUUAGUCGAGUUUGAGAUCUGUGAGGCUGCCUAUGAUCUGGUGGACAUGAAACCGGUCUCGUCGUUGUGGAAACUUGAGCCACGAUGGCCGAAGCAGAGGCUCGAAAGGACGGCUAAAGUGAUUGCAAAUAUUCUGAAAGAUCAUAAGGUUUUGAAUCCGGGAAGAAACGGGGCAAUGUCGCGUAAAGAUUUGAGAAAUAUGGCUAGCAAGUAUGUGGGUGACACGGGUUUGAUCGAUUUCGUGUUGAAAUCGAUCGAUAACUUGGUCGUCGGGAAUCAUAUCAUUUCCCGCACGAAAAACCCGUUAACCCGUUUGAUGGAAUUUGAGAUCCGAGACCGAAACAGUGAAGAAUUUGGAAGUGAAGAAGAGAGAGAUGUUUAUGGAGAUAUAUUGUUUCUGUACAAAAAAGUUCUAUUGGGUUACCCCUUGUGGAACUCAGUGAGUCAAGCGUGUAGACUCGUGUUGAACAGUAAAUAUUUCGUUAAAGAAUGGGAGUUAGGGGUAGGAAAUGCCGAGUUUAUGACACUAACAUGCCGGGUUUUACCGAGUUUUCAUGAGUUGGACACUGAGUUGACUCGCCCACUGCCACCUGGCGAGUUGGUAAUGGUGACACCGUGGAUGACGAUAGCCAAUCUGCGCGAGGUGGCUCAGCGUGCACUGAGAGACACAUAUUGCAUGAUGAACAAGUUUGUAGUAGGGCAAAUUGGGGGAUUAAAGGGGAUACAAGACGAGAUGGUGCUAGCGUACGCUGUGGAGGCGGGUGCGGAGGUUUGGGUUAGAGGGUGUGGGUUGGACUUGAGUACAGGGCUUAGGUACGAAGGAGGCGAUGGAUACGAGUGGGAAUCGAGGGUGGAGUGUGUUUGUGGGGCCCGUGAGGACGAUGGAGAAAGGAUGGUGGCGUGCGAUGAAUGCCACGUGUGGAAGCAUACUAUGUGCAGCGGCAUAGAUGAUGACGAACUCGAACUCGGGGAGUUCGUGUGCGGUGAUUGCGAUGCUAAGAGCAAGAGUGAGCUUUUGAGUCAAUAGGCAAUGCGUUGGGUUUGGGAGAUGAGAAGGAAUAUUUAAUUAAUUUAUUUAUUACUUUAUAUUACAAAAAUAUAUAUGUGGAAUUUAAGAGA